GUAUAUUCCUUCCUUCCUGGUCCGUCUACACUUUUCUAGACGGACUGUGUAGGAAACUGAGAAACUCGCCAUCACGGUCCGCGGUCUGUCAGUCGUCUAUCAGUCAAAUUGUGCUAUUCUACGCUUUUUAAGUCUAUCAAUUAUACUCUGAAGUCUAGGAUCCAAGGAAAAAACGAAAAAACAAAAAUGCCUGCUCCAGUUUUGACAGCAGAUCCACCGACGCUUUUGAUUACAUCGAUCCUAUUGUUUUUGUUGCACUGGUUUUUAUGCCGGUUCAGGCGACUGUGUAAGUUCUCCGGCGAUGGCCUACCAACGUACCCUCUAAUUGGGUGCUUGAUCUCCUUCUACAAAAAUCGUCGCCGUCUGUUAGACUGGUACACGGACCUUCUCGCGGACUCCCCGAUGCAGACAAUCGUGAUACGCCGUUUCGGUGCAAGACGGACAGUCGUCACGGCGAACCCAGACAACGUUGAAUACAUCCUCACGACCAACUUUAACAACUUCCCCAAGGGUCAACCCUUUACGGACAUCCUGGGAGACUUGCUUGGCUGCGGUAUAUUCAACGUGGACGGGGAACUCUGGCGCGCCCAGCGCAAGUUAGCAAGCCAUGAGUUCAGCACCAAGUCUCUGCGGGAAUUCGUCGGGAAGACGUUGAAUCAAGUAGUGAAAAAUCGCUUGACGCCGGUACUUGCGUCUGCAAUGGAAACCGACCAAAUAGUAGAUCUGCAGGAUUUGUUAAGGAGGUUCGCCUUCGACACGGUGUGCAUGGUAUCGCUGGGAAUCGAUCCUGGUUGCUUGGAUUCUUCGCUUCCCGUAUCGGCUCUGGCCGGAGCUUUCGACAUAGCCUCCGAGAUAAGCGCCAGGCGUGCAUCCGCUCCCGUCUUCGCUGUCUGGAAGAUUAAACGAGCGUUAUGUCUCGGGUCCGAGCGGCGCCUCAAGGAGGCUAUCCAACAUGUACAUGGGUCCGUCGAGGAGAUAAUUCGCGAUAAGAAGAAGCUUAUGCUUAACAGAGUUCGUAAGGAAGAGAUCAACAACAACAACAGCAAUGGCGAUCUAUUGUCACGGUUGAUAUCGUCUGGUUACGACGAUGAGGUGAUUAGAGACAUGGUUAUAAGCUUCAUCAUGGCCGGAAGGGACACUGCAUCAGCGGCUAUGACGUGGCUCUUCUGGCUGCUUUCCUGCCACCCCCAUAUUGAAAAUGAGGUGGUGAAGGAGGUUGAGGCGAUUAACACCGGCGACAGUCCAUUAGACUACGAAGCGUUGAAGGAGCUGCCAUUGUUAAAAGCUUGCCUGUGCGAGUCCAUGAGGCUCUAUCCGCCCAUCGCCUGGGACUCGAAGCAUGUAGUCGAAGAUGACACGCUGCCGGAUGGAACGAGGGUGAGGGCGGGAGAUAGGGUGACUUACUUCCCGUACGGGAUGGGGAGGAUGGAAGGGCUCUGGGGUAAGGACCGGUUUGAGUUCAAACCGGAUCGUUGGUUCGUCGAACCGGACAAGGAGGGUGGAGCUUUGAAGGAAGUAUCUCCGUUCAAGUUCCCGGUGUUUCAAGCCGGACCCAGGGUGUGCCUGGGUAAGGAGAUGGCUUUUGUUCAGAUGAAAUACGUGAUGGCUUCCCUGCUGAAGCAGUUCCAGUUCAAAUCGGUUGGAUUGGAGGAGCCUGCUUUUGUUCCGCUCUUGACGGCACACAUGGCCGGUGGAUUGAAUGUCCUGAUCCGGCCGAGAGGUCGUCACUCGAUUUAGAGUUAUCGACGGCAAACUUUAACAGACAAAAAUGUAGAAGUGACAAAGAAGAUGGAAAAUUAAUUAAUAAAUCUGAUACUGGUUGUCUUAGGCA